ACGAGAACCCAUACACCAACAGAGAAGGCAACGUCGACCAUCAUGGAGGACAUCCCACGCAUUCCCCGCCGCAGCAAUGGCGACGAAAGAAGCCACUCCUCCCGUGACGCCCGCCGCGACGACGGCGCCCGUCCAUCGCGUGAUGACCGUGGCGGACGUGACGACCGCUACAGAUCCUCCCGCGACGACCGUGACUCCCGUCCCGCCCGCGAUGGUGACCGGGAUCGUUAUCGCUCGAGCCGAGAUGAUGAUCGAUACCGUUCAUCCCGCGACGAGAGAGAUCGUCGUGACGACAGAUAUAGGUCCAGCAGAGAUGAUCGCGAUGCUCGCGGUGGUGGAAGAGACGAGCGCAGGGACAGAGAUGGACGCGACGACAGGAGAAGGGAUGGCAGGGAUGACAGGAGGAGAGACGACCGUGACGGACGCGACGACCGCUACCGUUCCGCCCGAGACGAACCCAAUGGUCGCGAUGCCCGUGACUCCCGACGACGCAGUCGAUCCCCUGAAGCGCGAAAGAGCCCCACACCCGACCUCACGGACGUUAUCCGAGUGGACCAGCGUCAACGUCGUAUGACAAUGUGGGAUAUCAAGCCAACGGGGUAUGAGAGCGUCACCGCUGAACAAGCAAAGAUGUCAGGGAUGUUCCCACUCCCCGGUGCCCCGCGCGGUCAAGUCAUGAACCCAGCCGCCAUGGGCGGAUUCCCUAACCAGCGACCAGCGGGUGCUUCGGGUGCUGCCCCACCCAUGCUCACAUCCAACCAAAGCAGACAGUCUCGCCGUUUAUACGUGUCUGACAUGCCAUCCGGAACCUCCGAGUCCUCGCUUCGCCAAUUCUUCAAUGACCUCCUUAAUUCCUUGAAUGUCAACUCCGAAUACGACCCCUGCGACUCCGCUACCGUCGAGCCCGAAAAGGGCUAUGGAUUCUUGGAGUUCCGCAAACCCGAAGACGCAACCCUCGCAAUCGCAUUCGACGGUAUCCCAUUCAACGGGCAACCCCUCACCAUCAAGCGUCCCAGAGACUACAUCAUCCCCGCUGAAUCCACAACACGGGAACUCACCGCCCUAGGCAUCAUCUCCACCUCCGUCCCUGACUCCCCGAACAAGUUGUUCAUCGGCGGUCUCCCAACCUACCUUAACGACGACCAAGUCCUCGAACUCCUGAAAUCAUUCGGAGAGAUCAGGGCAUUCCAACUCGUCAAAGACUCCUCCACACAAGAAAGCAAAGGUUUCGCAUUCUGUGAGUAUGCCGAAGCCAGCGUGAGUGAUAUCGCCGUCGAGGGCCUACAUGGGAUGGAACUCGGUGACCGGAAACUCACCGUUAACCGCGCAAACCAGGGAAACACCCAGAAAAUCGCACCGGGUGUCGGAUUAGGUGCCGUUACGUUGUUGGCGGGUGAAACAUCCGAGAUGGAACCUACGAGGGUAUUGCAAAUGCUCAACAUGGUAACACCAGACGACCUCCAAGAUCCCGAAGAAUACGAGGAAAUUUGCGAAGAUAUCCGUGAUGAGUGCUCCAAAUAUGGACGUGUUCUCGACCUGAAGAUUCCACGAAACAGUACGGGCCGACAGAGCAGUGGUGUCGGGAAGGUUUACGUGAGGUUUGAGGAUAAGGAGAUGUGUACGAAGGCGCUUCGGGAGCUUGCAGGGAGGAAGUUUGAUGGGAGGACUGUGUUGACGAGUUUUUACCCGGAGGAGAAUUAUGAGUUGUCGUUGUGGUAA